UCUUCUCUCUUCAUAUCCCUCCUUCUUUCCCUCUGGCAUGUCAGAGCCUGCAGACAGAGAGAGAGAAAGAGGGAGGGAGAGAUAAAGAGACGAGGAGGGAGUGAGCAGACUGAAGCUGAGCACUGAGCAGGCUGAGCUGCAGCACUUCUGUCCUGAGAGCUGAGGAGGAUCCAGUCUCAAGUGUCACUGAGAGCAAUGAGUCGUCAGGAGGACAAGCUGAGAGAGGAGAAGAAGAAAACAGGAUCUGUCCUCUGAGAAGUGAGGUUAUGUGGAUGACAUUUUCUGAUUCCUGGAUGAUCUUUAACCUCAGAGUCUGAAACUGUUCUGGCUCAGCUGGAUAAAUCAGAAGAAGAAGAGAAGUCUAUCAAGAACAACAAAAAAGUCUUAAUUGACGCCUUUGUGGACUAUUUCAUUUAUUGCCCCCUCUGGAAAGAGGAAUAAAGAAGAGAAACUGACGGGAGAAAAGAGAGAAGAGUGUUUCAUUGUAGGAACAGCCAAAAGAGGAUGUUGCAUCCGCUCAGAUGCAAAGAAAAGAAGAGAUAAAAGAAGAAGAUAAAGAGAUGAAAACAAAGAUUGAGUGACUGAAGAAAAGCUCAACCACAAGUGUCCUGCUUUUGCUAUUUUUCCUAAUCGAGAAGAGGAAUACACAAGUGGAACAAAACGGAAAACUAAGAGACAGAAGAGGAGGACGUUUUGAGAACUUCACUCUCUCAAGUCUGGAUAAAAAAAGAAGAAAAGGAAAUAACUAGAGAAGGAAUAUCAGUUUGUCAGCUGAGAAAAAUCAAGGAAAAUAAUUCAUUUUCACUUUUUGGUUGGAGAUUUAAUAAAUGAUCCUGAAAGCGAGGGAAGAAAAGAAUUAAAACUGUCUGAUUUUGCAGUUUGCUGAAGGAAAAGUCCAAGGGCCAACCAAAAGCAUCAAAAGAAGCCACACAAACACAGGAGCGAAGAGUCAAAAGUAAAGGAAUAAAUAGGAUCCAGAGGAAUAAAAGGGGACUAAGGAGGAAAAAGAGGACAAGGCGGUUUAAAGCAGACAAAAAAGGAUGAACCAAGAAGAAAAGGGAGGGUAAAGAGGGAAACAAGGACAAAUCAAAAGAAUAAGGACUAAAGAACAAAAGCAGAAUAAAAAAGGAGGACUGAAGAAGAAGAAGAAUCCAGUUUAAAAGGAAAAUUCAAGAGGAGAGACCCAGAAGGACCCAGGUGUGACAAUGAGGCUCCUGGUGCUUCUUGCAGCUCCUCUCUCCAUCUUCGUCCUCCACAUCGCAGCAGUGGCCCCAACAGGAAGCGUGGCCCCGGGCCGGCUGGAGCGCUGGGUCCGCUCAGGCCUCCAGUCGCUGCAGUGGGACCAGCUGGACCGGUGCCUCCGCAUGUCCUCGCUGUCCGAGGCCGAGUGCAGGAGGCUCGCCCACCUGCCACUGUCCGCCGUGGCUGUCUACGUGUCGGAGCCGCACACGGCUGCAGGUAACUCAGGCAAAGUUCUGGCCAUCCUACCAGACUCCUCAAGUGGCUCCAUGAGCUCCAAAUCACGGGGAGGUUUUAGUGUCAGCCAGGUGCUGAAUGGAGGGGAUGGUUCCCACAGACACCAGCAGCCUUUCCCCGGCUCCACGGCCCAUGAUGCCGUGCUGGUACUGGAUCCGAGCCCCGGGGAGAACUUUGGACACCCAGUGGUCCUCUUCUAUGUGGAUGUGAAUGUGACGAAGAAGAGAUGCUCCCACCUGGAUGGCAUUUACCUGGGUGACGAGUGUUUGACUCUGGCUUUGAAGGGUCGUUGUCAGAACCAGCUAAAGCGUCGGCAAGCCGGGCCAGAGAGACUCAUGGGUAAUGGACACAGUCGGUUGGCAGGCGGGACACUGCGGGGUAGUACCAUUGCUUCCAGCAGUGGGAGCCGUCUGGUGGAGCGGGCCGUUGGAGGGCUCUGUGAAGUCCACUUCCUUCCACUAGUGGUCGGAGUAGGAGACAGCAACCGAACGCAGAGACUUAGAUGUGUUGACCAUGCGGAGUUUGCGAGGUGCCCUCAGCCGCUGCCGAUGGGCUCUCCCAGUUUGCCCGUCUCAAGCUGUGAGCUAAAUAAAAACACCAGACGCUGCCACCAGCAGCCGCUGGCCACUCACCUCUCCUGUCGGCUCUACCAGACCUGUGACCAUGCUGUGCUCAUCUCAGGUGGCUGGCAGCAGCAGAUGACGUUCCAGCGUCAUGUUCAGAAUCUUCAGAGGUUCUACAGGAUGCUGCAGAACAACGGCUUCCAUAAAGAUCACAUCAAGACCUUCUUUGCCAGCAGUGGACAGCUUCCUGAGGACGUAGAGGGUGUGUACUCAGCGACGGAGAAAGCAGUGAUUCGUAACCAUGUGUCGUACGUCUGCAGGAAGCAGCACUGUGCUGACACACUGGUUAUCUACCUAAACUCGCCAACACGCAACGAUGGCACUAUGCUGCUGUGGGACGCCAACCUCAACGGCAUUGCUGAUCUGAAGGAGCGAUAUUCAGUCAACGAGCUGCUGGCCGACCUGGCCGGCUGCAGGGCAACUCGUGUUUUGCUGUUUGUGGAUCAGAGCUACAGCGGCGUUCUGUCAAAGAGGCUGCGGGGGUCUCAGAAACACCCCAACGUGGUUCUGAUCCAAAGCCAGACACGGCAGACCCACAACCAACAGAGAUUGAACCCUGGCAGCUGGUCCUACAUCAGCCCUGCGAGCUGCCUGCUGGACCACCUGGGAAAGGGUCCUGGGAUGUCUCGCCUCCUGGAGCCAUGGGCCGGCCUCUUAAAUGUGACAUUGGCCGGCGCCCCCUGCAAUGCCACGCCACCUCUGACGGAUGGCGAGAUGCGGCGAGAAUACCAGGGCUGCCAGAACCUGCCGACUGCGCUCUGGCACCAGAAACACAGGAGGACCAACUGAGACAGAGACACUGAGAUUGACUGAGAGAGUGAGAGGCUGAGUGAGAAGCAAAUUAAUUAUGGACACACACACACACACACAAACACACACAGACUGACACAGACUGACACAGGGCGUUUGCAGUGCACACAUGCAUAUCUGCCAGUAUAUGAACUUAGGACUUAGUGUGCUUGGUUGACUUGGUGUAUGUGUGUAUGUGUAUGUAUGUGUUCUGUCCUAACUCAGACAGUAACCAUGGUGAUGACAGCUCAUCCCAACAGGAGUGUCCUGAACACCAUGUGAAGCGUAUGUGUGUUUGUGAGUUCAGCGGGAGGACAACCACUCUCUUACACCAGUGCUAGCUUACGCUUGGGUCAGUAUGUGUGUGCAUGUCUGUGUGUGUGUGUGUGUGUGUGUGUGUGUCUGUGCUAUGCCACAUCUCCUGGGCACUUAAACAUUUCAGAGCCAAUCAUCUUUCUCUAUUUUUAUCUCUACAACAGUUACAUCUUCCUCCUUCUUUCCCUCCUCUCUUCAUUCUGUCCUUUGCUUCACCUUCUCUCAGCUCCUUGUCUUUCCUGAUCUCGUUCUCUAACCGCUUCUCUACUUUGUGUCCUUCUUGCCUCCAUCUCAUUUUUCUCCCCCUUCUCCAUUUCCCUCCCUCUCUUCUUUCUUAAAUUUCUUCUUGUGUUUCUUUUUUUUGGCAUCUGACUCCUUUCUCCAUCCAUCAGUUUUUCCUCCUCUUUAUGUCUCUUUGUUUUGACAGUGUUUGAAAAAGUUGAAUACUGGAAUAAUGUCAUCACAAGAUAUAAAAACUGACAAAACUCCAAAACAUAUUUGCACAAAAGAAAAACCUAAAUGAAAACACUACAGAUUUUUCGAGAAGAAGUUCUCACAGUUGGACAAAAAUCCUAGUCUCUAUAGCUGCACCUCACAGUUAACAGUGUACUGCAGGAUUUUCAAAAAACAAUGUCUAGACCUCUCAAUCACCACUUAUGACUCACUAGAAGUGUGUACUUUUCUACAUAGACUCCGCCCUCUGCCUGUAUUGUUCGAGACGUUCCUGGGUACAGCAGGCAAGUGAGGUUUAGACAACAUAUUCUCACUCCGACUUCGUCACAUAUUGAUGUUUGGUCAUGGUCCAGAUAUGAUAUGACGUGCAAGG